AUUUAAUCUGUACCCAUAUCAUCCGAAGCUCACAAAAUAUAGUAACAACCAUAAAGAUAACCACGAGAAUCCUCACGCUUUUUGUGCCAUCAUAAACUUAGCUGUACUGAUCAGCUUACACCAGGCAUUGUCCUGUUGGCCAAGACCCAAUUCUACAUCUCCUCUUUCAGAAUUUCUCCAAUCAAUCAAACCCAAUUUCUCCUCUUUCAGAAUGCCUGACAACAACAAUAAUAAUAAUUUCACAAAACACGUUGCCGUUCUUGCAUUUCCAUUUGCAACACAUGGAGCCCCUCUUCUCAGCCUCGUAGGCAGGCUAUCCACGGCGUCCCCUCAUGCUCUGUUUUCCUUCUUCAGCACUGCUGAAUCCAAUGCCACGAUCUUCAAAAAACACAAGAGUUCGGAGGCUGUAAAGUCCUUCAACGUAGAAGAUGGAAUGCCAGUGAACUAUGUUUUCUCAGGGAACCCUUUGGAGCCUGUGGAGAAUUUCCUGAAGGCUACGCCAGGGAACUUUAAGAGUGCUAUGGAUGCGGCCGUGAAAGAGUCAGGAAUGGCAUUUAGUUGUAUUAUUACGGAUGCGUUCUUUUGGUUUGCGGCCGAAAUGGCUCAGGAUUUGCAGAUUCCUUGGGUUGCACUCUGGACUGCUGGACCUCGUUCUCUUCUCAUGCAUCUUGAAACUGACCUAAUCAGAGAAAAACUGGGAGUUAACGCAGGAACUAUCGAACUAGAAAAAUCAGUAGACUUCCUUCCGGGAUUUUCUGCACUACCACCUUCUCGCAUUCCUGCAGAAAUAAUAGCUGAAGACUUGACUGCAGCUUUCCCAACAAUGUUACAUAAAAUGGGACUAAUGCUACCAAGAGCAAAUUCAGUUGCUAUAAACUCAUUUGAAGAAUUAGAUGCUGCUCUUUUGGAUGAAUUCAAACCAAAACUUCAGAACUUUCUCAAUAUUGGUCCCCUUGUAUUGACAUUGCCAGACCAGAAUUUUUAUGAUCCACAAAGUUGCUUAGAAUGGUUAGACAAGCAAAAGAAAGAUUCAGUUGUAUACAUUAGUUUUGGAAGUGUGAUUAUGCCACCACCUCAUGAGCUAUCCGCACUAGCAGAAGCAUUAGAGGCUUGUGGGUUCCCUUUUAUUUGGUCAUUUAGAGGAAAUCCUGAGGAGAAAUUGCCAAAAGGGUUUCUUGACAGGACUAAGGAGAAGGGUAAAAUUGUUUCUUGGGCACCCCAGUUGAACAUUCUGCAACAUACUUCAACUAGGGCUUUUAUGACACAUUGUGGAUGGAAUUCAGUUCUAGAAAGUAUUGCUGGUGGUGUGCCAUUGAUAUGCAGACCGUUCUUCGGCGAUCAGUAUUUGAAUACCUGGACAGUGGAAGCUGUAUGGGGUGUUGGCGUGGAGAUUGAAGGUGGGACUAUCACCAAGGAUAAUGCAAUAAAAGCAUUAGAACUUGUAUUGUUAAGUGCAGAAGGGAAGCAAAUGAAACGCAAACUUGAAGACCUGAAGAAACUUGCUUUUGAUGCAGCCAGUUCACAUGGUAGCUCUACUGCAAACUUUGAAACCUUGGUGAAGGUCGUAACAUAGUAAUUAUAUUAAGAAGAUGUAAGUUAUUAAAUGUGGAGGUAACAUGUUUAGUUUCAGUGUUGGAUUAUAGUUAGUGAAUAAUAUCCCUGUACUUGAACAGGAAACUUGAUUAGGUUUCUUCCUAAAACAAAGAAACUUGAUUAGGUUCUAUCAUUCCUUUUUCCUUUUGUUUCUAGAACAAUGAAGAUGAUAUCAAAAGGCCAAUUUAGUAA